AUGAUGAUUUCGACUGUCGACUUUGACUUUGAGGAUGAGGAGUGGACAGAGGAUGAGGAGGAAUACACUGACAACGUAGUGAAAGACCCUGACUUUACAAUCAGGACUACAUCCACCCUUUUGGGUAGGGAUGUGGAAACAUAUGGAGUCAUCACACCUGGGGAGGAGGUGUUUGAUCAUGACAUGCAGGGAGGAGAGGAGGAUGAUGAUGACAACAUCGAGUUUCCGGAUGAGGUCAAGGUCAACCACUCUGGAGACAUCAAGGAUGAGCAGUGUUUCAUCGUUUACAAAAAAAACCUGCUGCAACUCGUCACCUUCCUGCUGCACCUUCCAGAAGAGAUGAAGUGCAGAGAGCCAGAAUGUACAAGUACCGUACGCCUUGGCCCUGACCCAGUGACCAAAUCUGUUGGCAGCGGAAUGGUCCUUAAAUGGUACUGCAGUGAUGGACACCUUCUCUGGAGGUGGUGCAGUCAGCCCACAUUCAAAUAUGGUUUGCAGGGGGGGGAUUUCAUGCUGUCUUCCAGUUUAUUGUUGUCAGGCAACAAUUACAGCAAGAUAAGCCUAAUGUUCAAGUUCAUGAACUUAGGUUGUGUGUGCGACUCAACUUUUCGCAAGAUCCAGUUGCAGUACUGUGUGCCGGUAAUCGACAGAUUCUGGAAAAGACAACUGAAUGCCCUCAUUCCCGAGAUGAAGAGGAGGAACAGUGUUGUUCUGCUUGGAGACGGAAGGAUGGAUUCCCCUGGCCAUUCUGCACAAUACUGCACUUACACUGUCAUGGAUGAAAAGACGAGAGCCAUCGUCGCCCUCGAAGUUGUUGAUAAGAGGGAAACGGAAAGAAAGUCUGCAAUAAUGGAGAAGAAGGGCUUCGAAAAAGCGAUGGACUCUCUGCUUGAAGCAGAUGUGCCGGUCAGAGGAGGUGUGCACUGA